CCCCCUAAAUUCUCAAACUCCUCACUUUCCACGCCACCAAUUAGCUCUGCAGCCUCCACGAACUCGUUUCCUACAAUCACAUCAUCAGUAGCACUGGGCAAUGCCUCCAUACCAUCUAAUCGGAUGUUCAAUACAUCUGCUAACUCCUCGACCACGCUUGGACCUUGGGAUGCAUUACUACAGAACUAUACUGGGCCAGUCAAUGGAUCUGGUAACGAUUGGCUGGACUUAUCUCGAUAUCAAUGUGACUAACAUGUGCUUAGGUACAGACUUCGCGCGAAGUUGCAACGCCGCUAAAUUGGGAUAUGUCCGCCAGUCCAGUCUGAGGAAUCCGAGUCCAACAAUGUCAUAUUAUACUUCCGUGUCUGUGAGAACAGAUAAACCCGGCGUCUGGGGUACGUGGUUUGCUACUGGAGCCCUUCCGACUCAAUGUGAUGGCUACCCACGAUUCAACAUCACCACCUCAGAGGACUACACUCUUACAACUACGAAGUACUCGACGACCACAUAUACUCUCAGUACUGACAUCGGUAAUUGGACCUACCCUCACCUCGCAAUCACCAGGCCGACAUGUACGAUUAAUCCGUCAGACUGUGCACAGUUAGUCUCAGACUACCAAUCGGCUUGGGACUCACAAGACGCAUCCUUUGCUGCAUCACAGCAAGCUAUAGUGUCUCUCGCGAACCCGCCAAGCGCUGUUGUCGUCAACGGCAAGACCUCUGAGCUUCCUCUGAUCACUCCAGCACCUGCCAUUACUGUGCACGGAGAUGUAUAUACACCACUUGUAGGCGCAAGUGGCGUCACAUACAAUCUGUCCAAGGCCUUCAACUACUAUGAUGAUCUGCUUCUCACUCCCGGUGGCGAGAGAACGGUAAUCUACGACACCAUGUACCAGCUGUCAUUCCGACCCGUCCCGCAGUGUUCAUGGAGCGACGAACUGUCUUUCAAAUCGUCGUCCUGUUCGCACACAGCGAAGUGCACCAUUGCUGCGUACGAUGUCGAAUUGAUCUAUUUUGCUCCUCCGGCCACUUCAAGGGAUCUAUGUGCUACUACAGAUCCUCUCUUCAAUAGAAAAAUCGUUACUCAUUACUCUCAUCCGCAUGAAUCGGUCGUGCUUAACGAGACCAUCACCCUCUGGUCAGAUAGUGCAUACGUAAAGUACAGGAGUAUAUCUGCUGGAAGACCCUGCCAGGGGGGCCAAGUCGGAGCUACUCACGAAGGCUCCAUCGUGGCAAUACCCUCAAGUGAUAUUUCCAGUAUGUGUGGUUGGCAAUGGACGACUGCGACUGGAAGUCUGCCCGUCAGAAUAACACUCGGCGUCACGCCUUAUCCGUUCAAUUUUGGUGACUUGGUCGGCUCAGUUCCGCAGAGUGCAUAUCAGUGUAUGCCAGAGUGUAACCCCUGGCUGGGAACGAACGAUUGCGAUACUAUCAUUCCGUCGUUAUACAGUCCUCGUCUAGCCGUGCCGCGACAAGUCCGUUCAAUCGAUCCUGCAUGGGCGGAGUGUGAAUUGGACUGGGACGGCUCACGUGAUCCUCCGACUGCUGUUGGAAGCGCUCAAGUCGUCGCAGAUCCAACUUCUGUUGAACCCACCGCAUCUCCACCGCCUCAGACUGGCGUGGCGCCCUCCCGGCUAGCACAGAACACGAGUCCUACUACCCCGGAGCCAGUCAAUGGCUCGAAGCCAUCUGAUCCAGGCAGUAAUCCAACAAAGGUCGGACCAGGCAGUGGUGCAGAUCCAUCACAGGACGACCCUUCGGACCCAACGGACGGUGCUGAUCCAGUGCAGAACCCAAACCCAGCGCCUCCAAACAACGACCCAGGCAAAACAGACGCACCGGCCCAAAACCCUCCAGCGGUCACGCCUGUCCCAAUCAUAACAAUCGGCGACAGCACAAUCAACAACGACCCCACCAACCCAGGCGCCAUCAUCCUCAACCCAUCCGAGACCCUCAGUGAAGGCGACCCAGGUACCGUUAUCUCUGGUACAACCAUCUCGGUCGGACCAGGAAACAACCUCAUCAUCGGCGACAGCAGCACCGUCCAGACCAUCGCCAUUCCAACCUUCAACCCAGACAACAACGCAGGUCCAGCGCCCGUGACACUCACAUCCAUCAACAACACCCCUAUCAUCAUCACAUACCCAGACCCAACAUCUGGCAACGACCCUAGCGCAAUCAUCAUCGGGCCCUCCAGGGCCAAUAACAACAACAACAACGACAACGACGACGGCGUCCCGCUCUCCCCAGGAAGCUCGACCAUCAUCGACGGAAGCCGACAGGCGCGGCUGGUCGUUUGAUCGGGAGCGGGUGGAAUGGAGGACUGGGAAGUCUGGCGUGUGGUUUGUCUGUGAUGUUCGUGUGGUGGUGAUGAUGAUGAUGAUUAUGAUGAGAGAGGUCACAUGAUAGAAAAGAGAGUUGGUAUAUGGGAAAGGUGCAUAGAACGUAGCGUUCUUCUUGAUGAUGUAUAGAUAUCUAGACAUAGACUUAAUGAUAAUGAUAUGAGAGCAACAGGACUAUUAUCAGAAAACCAU